AAUUAAAGUAAAAGUAGAAGAAAAGGAAACUUAACCACCAAACCUUGCAUUGUUUAUAUUUUUGGUCUUGCCGGUUUCAAUAGCAACGAAAUUGUUUCUAGCAACUUCAUUGUUUGUUAAAUCAAUGACGCUAGCUAAGAGCUAGCUUUAAAAUACUUAUGUUACAUUUAGACUUGGUAACUUUUCUUGUCGCGUAAAUUGCCAUAGAUGCGGUUUGAAGAUGAACAACUGGUUUAGUAAGCUGCAGAAAGCAAAAAAGUCUUGCAUUAUCGACAGAAAUUCAAGAAAAGUGCAUUACGACUUUGAAGACGGCAAGGAAUUGGUGGAGCAAUACGAUUUACUAACAAAUUGCGUCACUCGCAGAGCAUGGAGGACAAACAAUGAAUUGAAAGGCGAGGAUGCCUGGGAUAUUGAAGUUGGGGAUCCGGAGCCUAAAUAUGAUGCGGAACAGAAAUGCAUGAUUCGUGAAAAUUCCACUCAGCCGUUUAUAACGAGGAGAAUUACAAAGAUCAAUCUUGAGUGGAGAAUAAGAAACAUGCCAUAUCCAAUCGACGUGUAUUCAGUAACUAUAGAUAAGGGUUCAUACUCCUUAAUUGUUCGUACUACCAACAAGAAGUAUUACAAGGAAAUAAAUGUACCUGACUUAGAACGACUAGGUAUCGAAAUGAAUCAAGAAAACGUUAACUUUUGCCACAAAUUUAAUACACUGAUAAUUACGUAUAAAAAGCCACAAGGUCUACGAGAAUUUGAGGCUACCUUAUUGGAAGAAAUUAAAAAGAUUCCUGCUAAAAAUUAUGACGAUGAGAUAAACGGCUGCAAGCCAAGUUGAAUUACAGUAACAUACAAACCACCUACAUAGUUCUUGCGUCAAUACAUUAUAACCUAAAUGUAAAGAUGCUACAUCGUUGUACCAUUAUAUUACUUUAUACCAUUAUUAAACUUUGCGUUAAUUUAA